AUGUUUUGCAGUGUAUUAUUUACGGUGACUCAGCAAAAACAAAUAAACGAACGCAAGUUUGAUGUAUUGCAGGAUGAAGACCAGAAAUCGAAGGUGAAUACUAAUCUGGAAGAUAUCGUGGAAAGCAAACAGGUUUGA